AGGCAGAGACUAUCGGAGCCUCGAGGAAACCAAAAGCAGCUGAGGUGGCAAGCGGGCUGUGGGCGGGAUGAGGAGUCAGCGGACGGGUUCUUUCCUUCUCCUGCUGCAGACUCUGCUGCACUUUUCUCCCGCUUUUCGUGCGCAGCUCGCCCCUCAAGUAUUGGAUCUCCUCUCAAUACCCAACCAGAAACUAGUAAAGACCUACUUACAGCAGACAUUGGCUGAGCCAACUGUCAAUGAAAUAUAUGUGCUCUCAACAUUCAGACUACAACCAAAAAGUACUGCCCUUAUAUUUGGGUUAUACUCCUCCAAUGAAAAUAAAAAAUAUUUUGAAUUCAUAGUAAUGGGACGAGUAAAUAAAGUUUCUCUGAGAUAUUUGAGGAACGAUGGGAAAUUAAAUGCUGUGAUCUUCCCCAACGUGCCUUUGGCUGAUGGAAAGCGCCAUACAGUCCUCCUUCGGUUAAGUGGGGUGCAGCAUGGCAACAGUAAAGCUGAAUUGUAUGUGAACUGUGUGCAGGUGGAUUCUGUUCAAAUUUUGCCUAAAAUCUUUUCGGAGCUGCUGCAAAGCUCAGAAUCCAUAGAAUUGCGAACACUCCAGAAGAAACCACAGGAGACUUUAGAUGACUUGAAGCUGAUUGUGAAGGGGUCCUUGUCCCAAGUGGAAACUCUACAAGACUGUUUUCUCCCACAGACAGAGCCACCAGUUCAGUAUUCAGGUGACUUUAACAGGCAAUUAUUAAGUCACAUGUUGCAAAUGAACCAGAUACUAGUUGAAGUGAAAGAUCUCCUCAGACAGCAGGUUAAGGAGACAGCCUUUCUGAGGAAUACUAUAGCUGAAUGCCAAGCAUGUGGAUUGGGAAUUGGAAGUUACCCCACUCCUUCCCCACAUCCCCCCAAACCCAAGUGUGAAGCUGAUACUUGUUUCCCGGGGGUACAUUGCACAGAUACAACAGAUGGGUACCAAUGUGGUCCUUGUCCUGAAGGCUUCACUGGAGAUGGAAUUAUUUGCACAGAUAUCGAUGAGUGCCAAUAUAAACCAUGCUUCCCAGGAGUGCAAUGUGUGAACAUGGCUCCAGGUUUCAGGUGUGAAGCCUGCCCACCAGGAUAUAUUGGGCAGAUCAUCCAAGGAAUGGGAAUAAACUUUGCCAAAAAUAACAAACAGGCUUGUUUGGACAUAGAUGAAUGUCAGCGUAUAGCAAAUGGAGGUUGUGUCCCAAAUUCCCAGUGUAUAAAUACCAUGGGUUCUUACCAUUGUGGUGCUUGCAAGCCAGGAUUUACUGGAAAUCAAGUCAGAGGAUGCAGGGCUGAACGAAGCUGUAGAAAUCGUGUUCUGAACCCUUGUAGCAUCCAUGCCGAUUGUUCAGAAUUAAGACAAGGAGACAUCGUGUGUGUUUGUGGCAUUGGCUGGGCUGGUGAUGGCUUUCUGUGUGGAAAAGAUGUUGAUAUUGAUGGCUAUCCAGAUGAAAAACUUCCAUGCUCAGCUGACAGUUGCAAAAAGGACAACUGCAUGUUUGUUCCAAACUCUGGACAAGAAGAUGCUGAUAGAGAUGGUGUGGGAGACGCCUGUGAUGAUGAUGCAGAUGGGGAUGGUAUUCCUAACGAUCAGGACAACUGUGUCUUGACUCCUAAUGUUAACCAGAAGAAUAGUGACCAAGAUAUCUUUGGUGAUGUUUGUGAUAACUGUCGCAUGGUAUUAAACAAUGACCAGCGGGACACUGAUGGAGACGGCAAAGGAGAUGCCUGUGAUGAAGAUAUAGAUGGAGAUGGGAUUAAGAAUGUUUUGGACAACUGUCAGAAAAUAGCCAACUGGGAGCAGAAAGAUAGAGACAAUGAUGGUGUUGGCGAUGCAUGCGACAGCUGCCCUGAUAUCAGCAAUCCCAAUCAGGUGAGCAGAUGUCUGGUGUACCUGCAAAGACAUCAGUCUUCAGUGGAAUUAAAAAUGAGAAUUACAAAUUUGCUAUAA